AGAAUAAUAUCCUUUAUAUGCUUGCUUUCUCCCCGGAAUUUUAAAAAAAUGAAAACAUGUUGAUCCACAUGGUAUUUGAUUGUGUUUCUCUCUUAACGACCAAUGACACUCUUCAUCAAUGGAUGACGCAAUUUCUUGUUCCGCAUCAUCCAAUCAAAAAGAAGAAAAGCAAUUAUGAAAGCCAAGCUGACAAAGCUAUAACAGAGUCAGAAAGAAUAAUGAAUAGUCCAGGUUGGGCAAUUGAAAGCAAAGAUGAGGAUGAUGUCAUUUAUUGCAAAACUCUUCCUCAAAUUGGCAAAGUGUUUAAAUAUGAAGGUGUUAUAGAAAUGGACCCUGAAUCGUUAAAUAACAAACUAUUUUUUAAUGUUGACAAAAGUACAGAAUGGAAUCGGAAUCUCUUAGAAGCUAAAGUUAUUCAGCAAAUUAACAAGCAAACAAAUAUAGCAUACUUCAUUCUGAAAAAAGAAUUCAUUGUUCAAAAUAGGGAUUUCGUUCAUUUAAGAACUUUCAGAAAAAGAGGUAACAGCUUCUUUGUCUCAAGUUUUUCUGUACAACAUCCAGAUAUGCCUCCUGCUCCAUCCUACACAAGAGCAGAACACAAGUUUUGUACUUAUUACAUACAACCACUGAAAGAUGAUCCACGAAAAAGUUAUUUAAUUUGGCUGAUGCAAGUCAACUUUCAUGGUUGGAUACCUCAGAAUGUAGUAGACUUAGUGGUGUCUAUUGGAAUGCUAAGACAUAUAAAUGACCUGCGAUCAUUAGCGAGAAAACCUUAGAUAACACAAUACUUUGAAGCAUUUAUUCGAUUGUAUCAAUAUAUUCUGUUAUUUCUUUUCAUAAAAUUGCUAUUUUAUUCAUCCUCAUAUUAUUUAUGUAGCAGAAAUGUGUUAUCAUAAAACUACUAACUUGUUUGUCCUCAUAUUAUUUAUAUAGAAAAACUACUAGCUUAUUUAUCCUCAUAUUAUUUAUGUAACAAAAAUGUAUUAUCAUAAAACUACUAAAUUAUUUCGUGUUAUUUGUGUAUGCAUGUAUUAUAAUCGAGUUAACAUUGUAAUUUUAAUAAACAUGUUAUGUUUGA